AAAAAAAAAGAAGAUCAAUUUUAAAGAGACAACAACAAAGUGAUGACAAAGUGCCAAGUGCCAUCUGCCCUAAUUCACCAGAUUGAACAAGAAUUGGAUAAAGAAGAAGAUGAGCUAAUGAUUUUCCUGUGCCGGGACCUUGCUCCUGACUUAGCUACUGCAGACCUUAGAGAGCUGCUGGUGACUUUGAAUGAGAGGGAGAAACUGUCUCUGUAUGGCUUGUCUGAGUUGUUGUACAGAGUUAAGAGGUUUGACAUGCUGAGGAGGAUCUUGAAGACUGAGAAGGCAACAGUGGAAGCUAACCUUGCCAGAUGUCCCAGACUUAUUUCCGAUUACAGGGUGUUAAUGGCAGAGAUUAAUGAGAAUCUGGAAAAAGAAGAAGUCGAUUCACUUGCUUUCCUACUCAGAGAUUAUGUACCUCGUAUGAAAAUGGGAAAAGAUAAGAGUUUUAUAGGUCUUGUGAUUGACCUAGAAAAACUAAAUUUAGUGGCUUCUAAUCAACUGGAUUUGUUAGAAGACUGUUUUCAAAACAUUCACAGAAUGGACCUGAUUAGGAAGAUUCAGAAGUACAAACAAGAAGCUAUAAUGCCCUCCGUUCAUUCUCAGCCAGUAUAUGUAAAUGCACUUCAGGCAUCUCUCCCUAAUCUCAGUCUGAUUGAUCCCCCUUACAAUUCUGGGAUCCAAGAUGUGAACCAGGAGAGAACACAAAACAGGCCAGGCCUUAUUCAGGCAGAACCAGUCCAUAUAUCAAUUCAGGAAUCAGAACCAAUGUCACACAAGGUGUUCGAUGAUCAAUACAGAAUGCAAAGUCAGCCUUUAGGAAUAUGCCUGAUCAUAGACUGUAUUGGCAAUGACUCUGAUGUGUUGGAAGAGACCUUCAGAGACUUAGGCUAUGAUGUUCAUUGUUUCAGAUAUUUAAAUAUGGAUACCAUGAAUCAAAAGUUGCGUGAAUUUGCAAGAUUGCAAAAGCACAGAAAUUGUGACAGUUUCAUCUGCAUAUUGGUCAGCCGGGGUAGCCCUCAGAGUGUGUUCUGUACAGACCAGACCUUUCCUGGAUUCCCAUUGGAACGAGUAAAGAAAUACUUCACAGCAGAUUCCUGUCCUGAACUCCUAGGAAAACCGAAGCUCUUCUUCAUUCAGAGUUACGUUGUGCCAGAAAAUGAGCAAGGAUGUACUAGUCUGUUGGAAAUAGAUGGGAAUGAUGAUAACAUCAUUUCUAAUGCAAAAAUACCAUGGAAAGUUACUAUACCCCAAGUAGCAGACAUCUUUUGGAGUCAGUGUAAGGUGGAUGUGUCUACACUAGAAAGGUCUCCAGGUUCAUCCUCAUAUUACCUACAUUGUCUGGCUGGGCUACUCCGCAAUCCACAUAAAAGGAAACUCUCUAUUUUAGACAUCCAUACAGAACUGAACAGAGAAGUCUAUGAGUGGAACAAGACCAUUGACCCAAGCCAGCAAUACUCACUUCUGCUCCAACACACAUUGAGGAAGAAACUUUUUCUUUCUUCUGCUUAACCGUUGUUGGAAAGUACUGUCUGAAAUACC